AUGGAGAAUAUCUAUCUAUCUAUCUAUCUAUCUAUCUAUCUAUCUAUCUAUCUAUCUAUCUAUCUAUCUAUCUAUCUAUCUAUCUAUCUAUCUAUUCAGUUGGAACCGGGAAGGAGUGUGAACCGGACGACAAGUGAACCUACCUAUCUAUCUAUCUAUCUAUCUAUCUAUCUAUCUAUUAUUAUUUUUUACCAACGACUUCAAAAAGUGUCAAAUAGUGGCGCGACCUCAGUCAAUGCAUACAUUUCGGAUAUUCUGAACAUGUACCACAAUCAAGCGUUUUCACAUUUUCCCGUCGACCGUAUGUACAGUCCUAAGUCACCACCGUAUUCUCUGGACCCAAGGUCACCUCGGAUAGUAUACAACAUACCAAGUUUUGAACAAAGUCCUACACCACCCACUCAUCAAAUGAAUUGUUUCCCCAAUGCGACUAUAGACGAAAUGUAUUUACAUCAGAGCUUGAUUGGAGAGAUACAAAACCACUUGGCUCAUGAACUUGACAGCCAUAAUUGGGGCUAUUUCACAUAUAUGGAGUACAAUCAACGUAUUAUAAGUACUUAUAUUAAUAACAAAGAAUUUUUCGUUGAUAAUUCUGCCAAUAAAUUGGAUAUUUACAGUCUAGGUUUGGCAAGUUUAACUGGUCUCUCAAGAAACAUGGAAGCUCAAAAUAUCCGGCAAGAAAUCCACAAGGGCAUCGUUUUAUCUUCCGACGAGGAAGGUAAUAUUUACUUAAGGAACGAGAGCAAAGCACCGAUAAUGAUCAAAGGCUGUGAUGAACCCGAAAGAUUUUGUGUUUCUGAAGAUGUCAUAGGAUUGAGAGGGAAAAUCAUGCCCGGAAACGAAGUUGUGAAGGUGUUCGAUAUUGAAGAAUUUCGCAGUCAGAUUGGCCUGCAAAUACUAAACGGUUAUACCAGUGAAGAAGACCUCCGCCUGAUGUGUCUAAUAGGUAUGUCCUUCAGCGAAGCGAGACCAGGAUUGAACUCUCCCUGCUGGAUUCUGCUCGUCAACGUCACUGCGUUGAAGAUGGUCGGUAACGAAGAAGUAAAAACCGAAAUCGAAGAAUAUGUCGCACGUCUUUGCCUCAGCAACAGCCUUAAAUUAAAUCAAAAUAAACUUCCUAGUAAGAACAAAAUUAAUGAAGAAAUUAAAAUAACACGACGAAAAACCAGAAUUGAAUUGAGAAAACAGGGCAAAAAGAUCAAGGAUCAUAUGAAAUAUAGCUGGAAUGACGUCUAUUUCAAAAAAGACGAGACAGAAUUGAAUCUCGAGACCCUGAAAGAGGAGUUCGAGGACCCGGAUGUAGAUUAUGAUGACAGUGAUGAAGACAACGAAUCCGAGAAAGAAACCGAAAUGCAAGUGGAUUUGCAACGGCUAAAAACAAUAGUCAGAAGUAAGAGUAGGAAAUCUCGAUCGGCUCAACAAAGUACCCGCCCCGUGAAACAUUGGGCUAAACUCAGUUAUUUAAUAAAACAACAUCCAGGAAGCGAUGCUUACUAA